ACGACCCGGAUCCCAAUCUCUUUCCUCCACAGCCACUCAAGCCUUGCAACCGCCCCAAACUGUGGAAAGCCACCAUCGCCGCCGCCGCCGCCGCCGGUGGUUUGCAAACUCUGGCCAGUUUAUCAGGUGCCAUGGAGAUCGACAAAGCAAUAAGGGAAUGUGAUGAUAGGAGGCUCAAGACUAAGUAUGCUAACGCCAUUUAUGUCAUUCAGAGAGCUUUAGCCCUCUACUCUAUUGAAGAGGUUGCUUUCAGUUUCAAUGGUGGAAAAGAUUCAACUGUUUUGUUGCACCUACUUAGAGCCGGACAUUAUCUUAGUGAAGCGAACCAGAAUUCUCCUAAUGGGAAUCUAAAAGGUUUUCCAUUCAGAACAAUAUAUUUUGAGAGCUCUUCUGCUUUCCCUGAGAUCAACUCCUUCACGCAUGGAAUUGCUACUACGUAUAGUUUGGAGAUGGAAGUCAUUCACACAGAUUUUAAGUCUGGUCUGGAAGCUUUAAUAAAGUGCAAAUCAAUUAGAGCUAUAUUUCUUGGUGUGAGGAUUGGUGAUCCUACUGCGGUAGGCCAGGAACAGUUCUCACCAAGUUCACCUGGCUGGCCUCCUUUUAUGAGAGUGAAUCCUAUAUUGGAUUGGUCAUACAGGGAUGUUUGGGCUUUCCUCUUGAUAUGCAAAGUUCCCUACUGCUGCCUUUAUGAUCAAGGUUAUACUUCAAUUGGAAGCAUACAUGAUACUGUACCAAAUGCAUUACUGCGAAGUGGAGAUUCCAUUACCGGUGAAGAGAAGUUUAGGCCUGCCUAUAUGCUUUCAGAUGGUAGGCUUGAAAGAGCAGGGAGAGUGAAAAAGCACUCAUCAUCAGCUCAUUGGGUUUCUCCUUCGAGUGAUGGCAUGUAUAAAUUAAAUAUUAAUAGCGGCAGUGUGCUCACAACAUCAAUUAUUGCUGUUGGGGAUGAGAUUCUAUCCGGCAUUGUUGAGGAUGACUUGGGGCCUCUGUUGUGUAGAAAGCUCCAUUCUAUUGGUUGGCUGGUGUCGAAAUCUGUGGCUGUACCGAACAAUGUUGAUUCUGUGGCUGAAGAAGUUGAACGGAUGAAAUCUGCUAACGAUAUUGUAUUCAUAUGCGGUGGUGUUGGCCCUCUACAUUCAGAUGUUACUUUAGCUGGUAUUGCAAAGUCAUUUGGUGUUCGUCUGGCUCCUGAUGAAGAGUUUGAAGAAUACCUUUGGCAAUUGAUUGGAAACCAAUCUAAAGGUGAUCGGAAUGAGAUGGCUCUGUUACCCGAAGGUAUCACAGAAUUGUUGCAUCAUGACAAGCUACCUGUACCUUUGAUUAAGUGUCAGAAUGUAAUCAUCGUUACUGCCACAAAUAUCACUGAGCUGGACCAGGAAUGGGACUGUUUGAUUGAUUUGAUGAGAUCAACUGGCCAGUUAGUAGUGGCGGAACCAUUUGUCUCAAAGUGCUUAACUGCAAAUCUUUCUGAUGUCGAAGCAGCCGAACCUCUGUCUAAACUUUGUCUUGAAUUUCCAGACGUUUGCAUUGGGUGUUAUCGUAAAUCACGACUUGGGCCUCUUGUUAUCAGUUUCGAAAGCAAGGAUAAGGCAAGGAUUGAUGUAGCUAUAGGUGCGUUGCGCAAGAAGUUCCAUCCAGAAUCAUUUUCUGAAAUCAAUUGAGAUAGUUGGGAUACUCGCGAUUUGACUGGCAAGCUGGAUCAACCACUAAGCUUGCUUCUCGAUUGCAACCUCAACCCACGAAAGUGCACAGGCAUUGCGCCCUCAUCUGAGUGGUACAAGGGGAGACGGUGGAAUCAUACAUUGGGAGGAGACUGCAAAUACAUCAAUGAAAGGCUAAAUUGAACUUUAUGCAGCAUUGUUAGGCAGUGCCUUAAUAAUUAUUACAAAUCUUGACGCGCUUGUCCUUGCAAACAAGCCAAUGAAAAGUAGAAAGAGGAUUGGAAGGUGAAAUAAAAUUUUAGCAGGCUGAUUCACUGCUCGUCUUUUCAAAUUAAUCAGCUUUUUUCUCUGAA